AUGGAAAACACAACUUUGAUUAGCGCUAAUUCUUCAUUUAUCACAAAUAUGAGCAGUAAUGAACAUCCGGGCAACACAUCGAUUUCCUGGCAAAAGAUUUUAUUGGGAACAAUUUUAUAUAUUGUAGUAUUUAUUACAAUUGCUGGAAAUGCUUUAGUGCUUAUUGCUGUUUACAAAGUGAAAAAAUUACAAACAGUGUUUAAUUUCUACAUAGUUAACUUAGCUGUAACAGAUAUCGGUGUUGCAUCAACUGCAAUGAGUUUCUAUACGAUUGACAAUAUUUUAGGAUAUUGGCCAUUUGGUGAGUUUAUGUGUGGAUUGUGGAUAUUUUGUGACUAUGGUAUGACUUUUGCUUCGGUUUUCACUUUGUUGGUCAUCUCUGUUGACCGUUUUUGGUCAGUUUCCUGGAGUGUACAUUAUCGCGCUAACCACAACAAACGAAAAUCUAUAAUAGCCAUAAUUGCCGUCUGGGCUGUCAUGGUGGCUUUAUGGCUACCAGCUUGUAUAGUGGACAGAAUUAAAAAUGCUGCAGAUAAGGUGUGCAUUUGGGAGCCAUCAUUAAAUCCAGAAUAUGUUUUUGUUAUAGCUCUUAUUGGUCAUCAUGGCGCGUGUUUUGUUUUAUUGUUCUGCUAUCUGCAAGUGUUCUUCUUCAUGAGGAAAAGGGCC